UCGAACUAGACGAUAAUUGUGCUAAUAGCGUGCUCCCCGAAUGCACCCUAUAUCACAUAUCACAUAACCUCAAACACGAACUACGGGCCACGCCCCACGGGCACGUUGAACGUGUAGAUCCUCCUAGGAGAAACAAGCAAAGCGAUACAGUUCAACCAAGGCUGAAAGUAUUUCAAAUGGCUAAUACUGGUACUUCAACGGGCGCGAAAUCGACACCUGAUCCAGAGAAAUGUAGACUCAUUCAGCAACAGUUGGUGCUACUUUUGCAUGCACGUAAAUGUCAACGACGCGAAAGCCAAGCAAACGGCGAGAUGAGACAAUGUACCUUGCCGGACUGCGAAACUAUGAAAAAUAUUCUAAAUUGCAUGACGAAUUGUCAAGCCGUAAAGAAUUGCACCGUGCCUCACUGUAGCAUGUCAAGGCAGAUCAUCAGUCAUUGGAAGCAUUGUAAUCGAAGUGAUUGUCCGGUUUGCUUGCUGAUAAAACAAGCACAGAACAGGACAAUUUCUGCGCAAGAGGAAAUACGGAACCGCAGACAUAACACAGCAACAGUAGCAGCAGCAACUCCCGGGUACGACUGGUCAUCUAGAAGGCGUCACAGGGAAUUUGGGCUCUAUUUGCCCGACUGACCAAAAUGAAGUCAUUCACUAAGUAUGAGUAAACUCGGAAC